UCCUCCUACGCAAUUUGUACCGCCAAUUAUGCAUUCGUGUCUCGAUCACCCGUUACCCUGAAGAAGAGGGUAACAAAAGCCCGAUAUCGAUCAUCGCGAAACGUGCAUGAACCGAUCUGCAAAGGCGACAAGAACCUGGAUGGCAUCUUGAAGGUGUCGCUCCCCAGAUUCAAUUGGCACAUUCAACUCGCUCAGAAGAUUGCAUACAUGAACAUAUCCGAUGUAGUAGUGGGCAGGUAUGUUUGGAUUGCAAAUGCUUUUGAUGUUCCAACUGCAGCGCUGACUACCAGAAACCCUGCCAGUCAUUUUCCACAUUUACCCGCAGUCAACCGCAAUUACUAA